UAACCCAUAAAAAAAAAAAGCUUUACAAAAACUUUCUCUUUGUCUUAGCUAAGAAAAAGAAUUGGUUAAAAGACGUAAAAUGUUUAGGAACUUUCUCUUUGUCUUAGCUGGUUGUCCUAACGAAAGAACAGGCAGUUGAUGAGUUGACUCCAUGACGAGUGCUUGUUUACAAUUGUAAUUGUCUAGAACAAAUCAUGUGGCAAAACAAAAUGAUUUAUAGUUUCGAAUGUGAUUGCAUCUAAAUAUAAAUUUACUAUGACGAGGGCUUUGUUGUAGAAAUAUUGUGCAAUGUUAUAGCCAAUUACCGUUUUAUUAUUGUAAAAACAAUAAAGACAAUUAAUGGAUUAUCAGAAAGCACGAUAAGUUAAAAAGGCAGAUCGUGGGUUAUUUUAUGGAUUUAGAUAACUAGUUUUAGAUAAAGUUCUCAUGCAUACGUGUGUGUGUAUCAACAGAGAUGUCUCGACUCGGUCAGUGCUGCAUGAUCAUUGUCCUGUUUCAAGUACCCGUAUUCUUAAUCUACUUUCGUAACAAUGAAAAGAAAUUCGUUUUUCAUGCGACAUCACUAGCGGUUAUAAUUAAUAGAACAGGCGAAGAAAGUUCUAACAGUACACAGGCUAAAGAAAAGGUGGAAGUUUUAUACAAUGAAGUGAGAAAAAAGCUAGAAAAUGUUCGCGAACUCAACAGAAAGCGUUUAUUCAAGGGAGAAGCACUAUUAAAAUGGUGGAAAGAUGAAUUUAAAGAGAUGUUAGAUGUUAUGAAAGUUACGCGGAGAGAAAGAUAUCAAUUACUUCUUAUUGUUUCCACUGCGCCGCAACGCGCUGACCGUCGACAAGCUAUUCGACAGACAUGGUGGCAACAAUGUCAAGAAAACAGACAGUUAAAAUGUAUCUUCUUCACCGAUGGUCUUGUUAAAGACAGUGAUAAGGACGAACUGAAAAAUGAAAACAGGCAGUACGGAGAUUUGUUUUUACAACCAAUAUCAAACGGUAUGCAUUUUGGGGAACGAUUGUUAUACCAACUACAAUGGGCCAUUCUAGCGUACGAUUUUGAUUACUUGGUCAGGAUAGAUGAUGAUCACUUUCUUUGCUUAGAUGUUUUGUUGUAUGAACUUCAACACAAGGUGCCAAAAACAAAUGCGAUAUAUGGAUGGAUUCACUGCCAGAGAAACCUAAUCCGGCCCGAUGAAGGUUUUGUUGUGUUUUCGGAGGAUGUAGUUUAUAAAUUUUUGUCCCAACCAAACGACACGAUGAUAUGCCAUCCAGUAGGUGACCAACAAAUAGCUUUAUGGAUUCAAAAUUUGAAAAUGAAAAAUAUAUAUUACCAUGAUGCGCGUAUUCAUCAUGACCCCCCUGCAGCUCGGAUACCAUAUUUACUAAAUAAAACUAAUGUUUGUCAUGAAUAUAUAUCUCUACACGGAAGCUAUCCAAAAGCGAUGAAAAUAUUUUGGGACAACAGAGGAGACAGGGGAGUUGAUGUACAAAAGUCAUCUCGCCGUAUUCAAGAGUUUAAAAAUUACUGUAACUUCGAUCAAGCAUUUGAUUUUCGCUUGUUUCAGGGAAAAUGGAGAUACAAUACAAUGUUGUGCUCCUCAAACUCUACCGGGAGUACAACAGAUAAAAUAUAUAAGGGACGUGAAUGAAAUCAUCUUAAACAACAAGGCAAAAAAUAUCUGCAUAUUCAAAAUGGUGGAUGUUAAGUGUUUUUUCUUGUCAUAUAAUAUUUCUAAGAUAUGCGUAUAUGUUUAUAUAUAACAAAUAGGCGAUGAUGCAAUUUUUUUAGAAAUGAAAUUUGAAGUUUAUAAUGUUGUUGUUUUCAUACAAACCUUUCGGUGGCUUAUAUCUGCCACAUUUUCAUAGCAGUUGACUUAGGGUUUUAGUGCGCACUAACACACUUUCUAGCGUGCACUAGUUAAUUGUCUAGUGCGCACAAGUAACUUGAUUAGUGCGCACCAGAGAGAGCUUCUGUCUGUCACUUUUGCAAAGUGGAUAAAAUACAAUGAACACCCUCAUUUGAUGCAAGACUUCUCAAAAUUCGAACAGAAUAUACAUCUACUGUUCUCACUAUUUUGGGUAUACUAUAUAAAGCUACACGAUAAUAAGAAAACAACAAAUAAAACGCUUCUAUACGCAAAAAAAAACAAUACAUAAACAAAAACUUUUGGUCAAUAUAGCGCACUAUUUGUGGUGGCUUUGAUUUUCAUACUAUUUGCACCCCUUUCAACUUUUCUUUAUCACCAUGACAGAACGCAGCACAUACCAAAUCACACA